AUGACUGGGGCCCCACAGGCUGUGCAAACCUAUGGAAGAAAAAGGACGGCGACGGCAGUUGCUCACUGCAAGAAAGGGCGAGGAGUCUUGAAGGUCAAUGGACGCCCAAUCGAUUGCGUGCAACCACAAGUUCUCCGUAUGAAAUUGAUGGAACCCCUACUUGUCGUCGGCAAGGAUCGUUUCCAAGACGUCGAUAUUCGAGUUCGAGUGAAUGGCGGAGGAAAUGUUGCCCAAAUCUACGCAAUUCGACAAGCCAUCGCCAAGGGACUCGUCGCAUACUACCAGAAAUUUGUGGACGAGCAAAGCAAGAAAGAACUCAAAGAUCUUUUCGCUGCGUAUGACAAAUUUUUGCUUGUUUCUGAUCCCCGCCGCAGAGAAACUAAGAAAUUUGGUGGACCUGGUGCUCGCGCCCGCUACCAAAAGUCUUACCGU